UAAAAGGAUUCUGAAGUCUGAACCGUGUUUACCUAAACACAGGAAUUGACACCUCGAACCUUCCCAACGCGUUUCUUCGCCUUGUUCGUAGAGACGAGGUUCACAGCGAAAGGGAAGAAAAAGGGGAAAAAAAGAAAAAAUCGAUUCUCUUCACUCCUCCUGCCGUCCUGCGUCUGAUUUUAGGCAUUUGAACAUUUAGGUUCUGGAGAUGGCAAGUGGAUUUGGGGAAUCAACAAGCAGGCCACCGCAAAGCCYUUCUUGCUCAGGCAGUGGUAGCAAUGAUGCUGGUAACUUUGAAUGCAACAUCUGCUUUGAAUUAGCUCAGGAUCCAAUCGUGACUCUUUGCGGCCACCUCUUCUGUUGGCCUUGUCUUUACAAGUGGCUCCAUAUUCACUCGCAUUCCCAGGAAUGCCCAGUUUGUAAGGCCCUCGUACAGGAGGAGAAAUUAGUUCCUCUUUAUGGUAGGGGAAAGACACCAACAGAUCCAAGAUCUAAGUCAAUUCCAGGCAUUAACAUUCCAAAUCGUCCAGCAGGGCAAAGACCCGAAACAGCUCCUCCACCGGACACAAAUCAUUUUCCUCAGCAUGGGUUUGGAUUCAUGGGUGGAUUCCCUCCAAUGGCAACAGCUAGGUUUGGAAACUUCACUCUAUCUGCAGCUUUUGGUGGUCUGAUUCCAUCCCUCUUUAAUCUUCAGGUGCAUGGUUUCCCCGAUGCUACUGUCUAUGGUGCUGCUGCUGGUUUUCCCUAUGGAUUCUCUAACUCAUUUCAUGGGGGCCAUGCUCAUGGGUUCCCUCAGCCUACAACUCAAGGGCAACAGGCGGAUUCCUAUUUGAAGACACUACUUUUGAUGCAAGGUUUGCUGAGCAUCGAAACUUUGAUCUCCAUAUGACGGUGCUAGAGUUUCCUGAGGCAUAAGGUGGAUGUUUGCUUAAGGUAAUUUGCUUAUUGCUGGAUGGUUUGUUUUGACAAUAUGAAGAAAAAGAGUUGUGAAGGUUUAUGCUGUGUGCUUUUUGUUGCACAGAUGUAAAAAAAAAGAGCUUAUUAUUUUGGAUAGUUUCUGAGGGAAGAUCUCUCAAUUUCUUGCGAAGAACUUCAUCAGGACAACUUUUUACUUUUAUUUUUGAUUGGCAACUGAUUAGAGGAUUUUAUUAAGAAAGAUCGGUAAGAAAAAGAGAAAGAAGGGUCAAGAUGACCCUCCCAGCAUAAGCAUAUUAGAUGUAGCUCCAGUUCUACUCUCCAUUGAUCGAUCCUUUAUCAGUAGAACUUUCUUUUAGAUUGAUGUGCUUCAUUGAUAGUGAUGACUUUGGAGAAAUUUCAGACUUUCAGAUCUCAAA